CACAAUAUUUCCGCAACGCGUCGGUUUUUCCCUGGGAAGAUGGCGACCGUUACAACAGUCACCUCAGAAUGGAUCCAGUUCUUCAAAGAUGCUGGGAUCCCUCCUGGACUGGCUGUCAACUACGCUGUGUCAUUUGUUGAUAACAGGAUUCAGAAAAGCAUGCUCCUGGACCUCAGUAAGGAAAUAAUGAUGGACUUGGGAAUCACAGUCAUUGGGGACAUCAUAGCCAUUCUCAAACAUGCAAAGCAUAUGUAUAGACAGGGUAUGUGUAAAAUGACAACUGAGGCCAUUUCGUCUGGACAGACUAGUGUACAGGCUGAACUGAGACGUACUGCUAACACUCGUAAGUAUUCUGCCACACGCAUGAUCGCCAAUGCUCUGAGCCGGGACUCCCCACCAAGUACGCCUGCCCGGCACCCUGACAACCGAAUUUCUGUAACGGUCUCCAACGCCAGUGCUAAAACAGUGCCUAGCAAGCCAGCAGAUGAAAAUGGGUUGCAAGUGAAGCGCCGGCGAGUCACAAGAGAAAUGGAGGGGAAAUAUAUCAUUAACAUGCCAAAAGGCACAACAGCUCGCACUCGGCGCAUCCUGGCACAGCAGGCCAAGAAAGCUAAGGUUUUAAAGCGUACUUCAGUGUUUGAUAGACUUGGUGCAGAGUCUAAGGCAGACACCACCUCAGCCAAUAAGCAGCCAACAGGUGUGUUUAGCCGACUGGGUGAAGCAGAGGAAGAUGAAGAGGGUGGAGAAAAGACUGAUGGUGUUGCAGACGUCUUCGAGGACAAUGACAGCGACGGUGAGGGCUCAGUGCUGCAGUAUGCCGGCGUCCUCAAACGAACCCCACCCACUUCUAAAAAAGAGACUGUAACCUCCAAAUCUAAACCCUUCACUCUGCGUCGACUAGGUGCAAAGUACAAACUCCCCUCAUCUGAAGGCACACCACCAAUCUCCUCCUCUACCUCCUCCUCCAGCCAGGAGGGGACACCCAAAUUGGGUGUACUGCAGAGACUAGGCAAGGUCCCGUCAUUCAACCCUACCUCCUCGACCCCACUAGUCAGUCAGCCUGCAGACACCCAGGACAGUCGCGUUACGAGUAGCAGAAGCAAAGCCCAGGGCAGCUUUGCUCUGGCCAGCUCUAAGGUCAGUAGUAGCACAGGUGACACUCACGGGGCUCAGAUGGACGCUGGGGCAGUCAGUGUAUUCAAGAGACUGGGUGCCCGGAAAACCUAAUGCCCAAAAAUCUGAAAGGGCACCCUUUUUUUAUCCAGCUUGCCCCUUUUAUAACUUAAAAUCCACCUGAAUUUCCAUUUGAGUGAGUGUGGAGAAACUCUAGGACCACCCUUGAUGGAUUGGGAAGUCGAUAUGCUGUACCUCAUGGAGUGUAAUGAGUAGAUGGUAUUAGGGAAAAAAAGGAACAGCUGCAAUAUUUUUUAAAUGUCAGUGUGGACAUACCUGUUGUCCUUAUGUUUGGUUAUAGGAAUCAUGCUCUAUCCUGCUGUCCUACUUUUAUAGCUACUCUCCUGCGCCCCUGUGAGUGAAACAGUUCUCCAGAUUUUUUUUUUAGUGCAUGGCGCCCAGAAUCAAAUAAUCGAAAUGUCAAGGUUUUUUUUUUUCCACUACAGU